UUUUGAGAUUAAAUAUUAUGUUCUAAAUCGUGUGUUUAUGUGACUUUAAAAAGAAACAGAGCUGCAAUGCCGGGGACUGAAGACAGCACGACGGAACUCGGAGAAAUAGAAAAUGUCAGAGUUGUGGUCCGCGUUCGACCUUUAAAUGGAAAGGAGUUGGACGGGCACUGUAAAAAUGUAAUACGUGUGGAUACUAUAAAUAGUGAAAUAACUGUUGAAAAUCUGAAUGCUGCACACGGAGAACCACCAAAAGUUUUCUCUUUUGAUGCUGUCUUUGAUACUGAUUCAACUCAAGUUGAUAUUUACAAUGAAACUGCAAGACCUAUUGUGGAUAAAGUUCUUCAAGGAUAUAAUGGAACUAUAUUUGCAUAUGGACAAACAGGCACUGGAAAAACUUAUACCAUGUCAGGUGCAAAAACAUCACCACAACUUAGAGGUAUCAUUCCAAAUACAUUUGCACACAUCUUCGGAUACAUAGCUAAAGCUCAUGACAACCAGAAAUUUCUUGUACGUGCAACAUAUUUAGAGAUUUAUAACGAGGAAGUUAGAGAUUUAUUAGGUAAAGAUCAAAACAAAAGAUUAGAAGUAAAAGAAAGACCUGAUAUUGGUGUAUUUGUAAAAGAUCUUAGUGGCUAUGUCGUAAAUAAUGCUGAUGAUUUAGAUCGAAUAAUGUCUCUUGGCAAUAAAAACAGGGUUGUUGGAGCUACAGCAAUGAAUGUGUCAAGCUCAAGGUCCCAUGCUAUAUUUACAAUCACAGUUGAAUCCAGUCAACUUGGUGAAGAUGGUGAACAGCAUGUUAAAAUGGGAAAACUUCAUUUAGUUGACUUAGCUGGCUCAGAAAGACAAAGCAAAACCAAAGCUUCUGGAGUCCGCUUAAGGGAAGCAACAAAAAUUAAUUUAUCACUUUCUACAUUAGGUAAUGUAAUAUCUGCAUUGGUUGAUGGUCAGAGUUCACAUGUGCCUUACAGAAAUUCCAAACUAACAAGAUUGCUUCAAGAUUCUUUGGGUGGUAACUCAAAAACCUUAAUGUGUGCAAACAUUAGUCCAGCAGAUAUAAAUUACGAUGAAACUAUAAGUACACUUCGUUACGCGAACCGUGCUAAAAAUAUUAAAAAUAGAGCGAGAAUUAACGAAGAUCCAAAGGAUGCUUUACUUCGUCAGUUUCAAGUUGAAAUUGAACAAUUACGCAAACAAUUGGAAGAAAAUGGUACCGAAAUUUCAGAAUCUGAAGAAGAUACUGAAGAUUCUGAAGAAGUUGGAGAAACUAGACACGAAAGAAAGGCACGACGUAGAAAAAGUCAAAUAUUAACAAUGGAAGAACUAGAAGAUAGAGAUGCAGAUUCCAAUGAAAAAAUUGAUAAAGCUGAAAGAGAAGAUAAAAGUCCUGAUGAUAAAGAUGUCAUAGAAUUGAAAAGAACUCAGAGUGAAAAGGAAGCGUUACGAGAAAAAAUGCAAAAUUUGCAAAAUAAGAUUUUAGUUGGUGGUGAAAACUUACUGGAAAAAGCAGAAGCUCAAGAACAAUUAUUAGCUGCUGCAGCAAUUGAACUUGAUCAACGCAAAAGUAGAGAAGAACAAUUAAAGAAAGCUAUUGAAGCAAAGGAAGCUGAACGCAUUGAUAUAGAAGAGAAAUAUUCUUCCUUACAAGAAGAAGCUGCAGGAAAAACUAAAAAAUUAGCUCGAGUGCAUACGAUGUUAAUGUCUGUUAAGGCUGAAUUAUCUGAUUUGCAGCAAGAACAUCAAAGAGAAAUGGAAGGUCUUUUGGAAGGAGUCAGAGGUAUUGGACGAGAAUUACAACUUCAAGAGCUAAUAGUAAAUAGUUAUAUCCCUGUUCAAUAUCAGACAAUGAUUGAGAGAUAUGUACACUGGGAUGAAGACAUUGGAGAAUGGCAAUUAAAAUGUGUAGCAUAUACGGGUAACAAUAUGCGUAAAGCACAAGCUACACCACCACUAGGAAGUAAUAAAGAUCAAAUUCAACCUGAUAUGUCAAAUAUAUAUCUUUCUUAUAAUAAUGGAAUCGGCAAUACUUUCGUGCAACCAAAAAAAGUAAGAGGCCGAUCCGGGGUUCCUAGGCCAACCACAGCACACAGGCGUACACCACACUAA